AUGCUGAGGCUGGCGACGGUGGCGCUGUGCCUGCUGGCCCUCAUCCUCCAGCUCCCGAGCCCCCACGCUGCAGCUGAGCAGGGCCUCAGAGACAACAGGGCUGUGUGGGAUGGAGGGGGGUGCAACUCCCCAGAGGGCCUCGAGGACCCUCAGUGCUGGAAGCUGACUGGGACCUAUCAGGCAGCGAGUUCUUCUCCUACCCCAGUGGAAGGCAGCACCCUGCCUUUUUCAACUACCAGUGAACUUGGCAGACGACUGACAACUGUCCUUGUCAGCACCUUGCCUGGGACCAGUCCCACUGAGUCCACCACACAUGCUGUUGACGCCACCACAUCUCCUAUUGAUGCCACCACAUCUCUGAACACUGUACCCGAAGCCAGAUCUUCUCCUACCCCAGGGGAAGGCAGUACCCUGCCUUUGUCAACUCCCAGUAAAGGCAGCAGUCCAUUGGCAACUCUACGUGUCAGCACCUUCCCAGGAACGAGUCCCACAGAGGCCACCACACCUCCUGUUGAUGCAACCACAUCUCCUGUUGACGCCACUACACGUCUGACCACGGUACAUGAAGCCAGCUCUUCUCCUACCCCAGUGGAAGGCAGCACCCUGCCUUUGUCAACCUCUACUAAAGGCAGCAGUCCAUUCACAACUGUCCUUGUCAGCACGUUCCCUGGGACCAGUCCUACUGGGGCAAGCAGCACAGCAACAACUGCAGGUGCUACCACCACAUAUCUGCCCACUUCCACAGAAGCCAUUUCAUCUUCUACCCCUGUUGAGGGCACCACCAUACCUUUCUCAACUCCGAAUGCAGCCACCUCUCCAGGAGCAAGUACGCUCUUUAGCACUGCACGUGGCACCAGCCCCACUGAGGCCAGUACAACAGCUGUUGACGCAACCACAUCGCUGACAACCGUACUUGAAGCCAGCUCUUCUCCUACCCCAGUGGAAGGCAGCACUCUGCCUUUGUCAACUUCCACAGAAGUCAGCAGUACAUUGACAACUGUCCUUGUCAGCACCUUGCCUAAGACCAGUCCCACUGAGUCCACCACACCUGCUGUUGAUGCCACCACAUCUAUAACCACUGUACCUGAAGCCAUUUCUUUUCCUACCACAGUGGAAGGCAGCACACUGCCUUCGUCAACUCCCAGCGAAGGCAGCAGUCCAUUGACAACUAUCCUUAUGACCACCUUGCCUAGCACCAGUGUCACUGAGGCCAGCACAUCUCCUGUUGACACCACCACAUCUCUAACCACUGUACCUGAAGCCAGCUCUUCUCCUACCACAGGGGAAGGCAGCACCCUGCCUUUGUCAACCUCUACUCAAGGCAGCAGUUCAUUCACAACUGUCCUUGUCAGCACGUUCCCUGGGACCAGUCCUACUGGGGAAAGCACCACAGCAACAACUGCAGGUGCUAACACCACAUAUCUGCCCACUUUUACAGAAGCCAUUUCAUCUUCUACCCCUGUUGAAGGCACAACCAUACCUGUCUCAACCCCGAGUGAAAGCAGCCCACCGGGAGCAGUGAAAGGGAGCACCCCACCUUUGUCAACUUCCACUGAAGUCAGCAGUCCAUUGUCAACUGUCGUUGUGAGCACCUUGCCUGAGACCAGUCCUCCUGAGGCCAGAACACCUCCUGUAGACAUCACCACAUCUCUAACCACUGUACUUGAAGACAGUUCUUCUACUACCACAGUGGAAGACAGGACUCUGUUUUUGUCAACUCCCAGUGAAGGAAGCAGUCCAUUCACAACUGUCCUUGUCAGCACCUUGCCUGGAACCAGUCCUACUGGGGCAG